UUCCCUGUUACGUGACAAAGGCUUUCUAUCCCGAGAUCACUUGGACGUUACAUUGCUGUACUCACAAUAGUCUCGUGUCUCCUCGUCACCGCAAGGGUUUUUUGUAGUUUCAAACCAACAAUACUGAUUGUUUUCUUUAGUACGGUCUUCUGAUAUUUCUCUCCUGUUGUUGUGUUGAAAAUCAGGAUUUAACAUUUCUUACAAACCACAUUGAAAACUAUUCUGUUGUACUUAUUUUUUACGUUAGCUACAUAAGUGUUUACCGUAUUUAACUGGAUCUUUCACGGGCACGGUUUCCAGAUCGAAUUCUGAUAAUAACAGUAUGUUGACAGAAAGUGAGCCCUUGCCUAAACAACUCCGACUCCAAGAACUACCUCGAUUCCUUCUUCAGGGAGAACCACCACCGGGUGCAGUCCCUGUCUCUUCUCCUACCUGUCAGACUGAUGGCUGGCCUCACCAAGUGAAUGUACCAGUAGAUCUGACUGCCCAUUUGAACCCCGGAAAAAGUUUCUCGGCGAGGAAGCAGCGUGAGUUCAUUCCAGACUCCAAGAAAGACGCCAUCUAUUGGGAUAGACGGCGAAGGAAUAAUGAAGCAGCUAAAAGAUCCCGGCAGAAACGUCGAAUAAAUGACUUGGUGUUGGAAACCCAAAUCUUGGAGCUGACCAAAGAGAAUGCCAUUCUUAGAGCCGAGUUAGGAGCUAUUAAAGAUAAAUAUGAGAUUUUGCCACAGCAAAUGAUCAAUUCUGAACAAAUCUCUCUGCCUGUUUCUUCUUCCCCUCCAGAGCUAUGUGAAAGACAUGUGAAACCAAUGCCCACAAUCGUGCCGAAUAUUUGCCAAACAAUGGGCAGCACUACCACUUCCUACACUCACAGCCCAAACAUAUCCAUCUCAAGCCUCUCUCUUUUAUCAUUCCAGCCAAUCUCCCAUCCAUCCCAAAUGGGUCAAGUGCCAAUUGUAAUGACAAGCAGUAACGACAGUGGUUACUCAACUAGUGGUAGCAACAGUCUCUCUUCCAUCCAAUCAAAUUCGAGCACCGAACUCAAAGUCAGUAGUUGUCCAACGCUAGAAGAUACUCUACCCAUUGCUUCUCCAGUUGUACGGAGCUCUCCUGUUGAUCAGGAGUCCACAGGUUCUUCCAGCUGUUGUUCAUCAACAGAAGAUAGUCCUCAAACGAGUGCCAGUGGGCACUCUAGCCCUCAUUUCUCCUUACCACAUAAGCUGCGACAUAAGACUCGUCUCGGAGAGCGCGAACUUCAUCAGAACUCACCUAGCCCAACGGACAAUGGCCGGAGCAGCAGACAAGACAUUGGCCUGAGCAGCAGACAAGACAUUCGGGAGGACACUUCUUCAGUUUCUUCUGAUUGGGACAGCACUGGCAGUAACGAUAAUCCUUCUUCUGUCAGCCUCAGUUCCGCCGAUACCAACUGUAAACACCGAUCUCCACGAAAAUCUUCUCAUAAAACACCCUCUCAUGACCGCCAGCUGUUGCAGGCCGAAAACUCUCAGCUACGGUCCGAGCUGCAGAGACUAGCCACAGAAGUGGCUAGUUUACGGACAUUGAUAUUAAAAAACCGCAGUUUCAAGGAGUUCGAUGACCAACCAUCUAAGGAAAAGGAACAAAUAUGUUCAGAUUAUCAGCAUAAUAUGACGUAAUGUCGUUAACUAGUGCCAAAAGUUGAACAAACUGUUGGUGUACCGUCGUCACUAUAUUCCUCUUUCUGGUACAGUUUCUUCCAAAGUCUUUUCUCACUGUGACACGUUUAUGAACACAUUAUCUCCAUGUGAAAAGUAUAUAACUAUUCUUCCACAUUUUGUACAGCUUUUAAUAUUUUGUUUACAAUAAUAAAUGUAUAUAAACUAAAUUUAAAGUAUCACACAACUGCCACAGUAGUUUUUCUUUGAGGGAUACAGGGUCAAAUUAUAUUAUUUGUCAGGAUAAAUUUUAUUUUCCACCUAGAAGCCACCUGUUGGAAAGUUAUUGUAUUUAAUGAAUGUAGUACACAAUAUAAUUACAUGUAUAUCCGUUUUUAAACAUGAAAAAAGCACUUGAAAUAGGAACUCUAGGUAAUUAAAUAUUCUUGUGUACUUAACACUUAACUUUUGUAUCUUAAUGAACCAACUGAACCCUUGUACAACUUUUGUGUACACAUUUUUUGUAAAAUUUGUUUUGACCAACAACAAAAAAAAGAGAUACUGGCUAACUCACAAGAGUGCUGAGCAGUUGACGUGUUUUAUUAUUGUCGUUGUAAAUUGUUUAAAUGUGAUAAAUAAAUCAGUAUGAAAUACUA